CGUGGUAACGUGUUGUGGUCGGAACGCUUCCUCGCGCUCCUAGUUUCCGGUCGGAACGUGACGCUCUUUCAUCAGCGGAACAUCAACAUGGCAGCUGUGCUUUCACCGAGACCGUGCGAUAGCAAUCCUGCGACUCCUGGGACGCAGUCUGUGAAGGAUGACAUUGAGGAGAACUCCAGUGAUGGUAGUCAAGCCCCCAAGAGACGCAGGAUGGGCUCAGGAGACAGUUCCAGGAGCUGUGACACAUCCAACCAUGAGCUGGGACCCACAUACUUUCCUGCUGAGAAUCUGACUGAAUACAAGUGGCCUCCGGAUGACACAGGGGAGUAUUAUAUGUUACAAGAACAAGUGAGCGAGUAUUUGGGAGUCACGUCAUUCAAACGGAAAUAUCCAGAUUUGGAAAGAAGAGACCUGUCUCACAAAGAAAAACUUUAUCUGAGAGAGCAAAAUGUCAUUACAGAAACACAGUGUACUUUGGGUCUGACUGCUCUGCGCAGUGAUGAAGUCAUUGAUUUGAUGAUUAAAGAGUAUCCAGCCAAACAUGCAGAGUACUCUGUCAUACUCCAGGAGCGAGAGCGCCAGCGAAUCACUAAGGAAUACUCUGUGAGCACUCUUAGUGCGCAAAUGCAGCAACAGAAUCCUCAAAAAGUUGAAGCCAGUAAAGUGCCCGAGUACAUAAAGAAAGCAGCUAAAAAAGCUGCUGAAUUCAACAGUAAUUUCAACCGAGAGCGGAUGGAGGAGAGGAGGGCUUAUUUUGACCUUCAAACACAUAUUAUUCAAGUACCUCAAGGAAGAUACAAAGUCCUCCCUCCAGAGAGAACCAAGACCGGUCCAUACCCAGUUGCCCUCAUUCCUGGCCAGUUCCAGGAGUAUUACAAAAGGUACUCUCCAAAUGAGCUCCGCUACUUACCCUUGAACACCGCUCUAUUCGAGCCUCCGCUGGACCCAGAGCUGCCUGCCCUGGACAGUGAUGGUGAUUCUGAUGAUGGAGAGGAUGGUAAAGAGGACGGCAAAAAAAAUAAAGGUUCCUCGGACAGUUCAUCAGGAAACACUUCGGAUGGAGACAGCCAAGACAGCGGAAUUCAAUCCAAAGUCAAGAGCAAAGACGGCACUCCUCGCACCAUCCAACACAAAUCUGUCCCUGGGUACAAGCACUUUCAGCAGAGAAGUCCUCUUUCUUCUGACUUGAUCAUCAGUCAGUACAUAGUCCAAACACUCAUGCACUCACUCACUCACACACACUCUCACUCAGACACACACACACAUGCACACUCCCCCUGGUGGUCAUAGAUCGGGACUGCACGUGUCAAUGGAACUUCCUUUCCCUUUGAAGAAUGGCACCUAUUUUUUCAGUGCCAGGAAACCCAGUGACAGUUCCUGUGUUCUGCACAGACCUUUGGAGCAAUAAAGUUUUUUGUGUGGUACUGCCGUUAGUUUAGGGCUUUUUUUGCUGUGAUGCACUUGUGAAGGUAAAUACCCUUAUAAAAUGAACAGUACUUCAUAUAGCUUAAAAUACCUCUAUUUAUCUCUCUACCUGCCUGCUUGCCUGUCAGUUAAACUGAAGGGCAUGUGAGCAGUUUUAUUUGGCUGCUAAACACUAAAAAAAAAAAAAAGUGCUAAUAAUCCAUAGAUAUGAAACAAUUGAAGAAAUAUUAAGGGUGCACUCAGUAAUGAAUAGGACUUUUGGAGAAUGACUGAUGCAGAUUGCAGUCAUGCCAGUCAAGUUAUUUUAUUCUGCGUUGAGCGGGUCUCCCCCUUAUGGGUGCCGCAACGUUGAGAUCACAUGACCAGCUGGGUCUUGCAACCCAACCAAGUUACUAAUAGCAAUAAAAGAAGCACCAAGCACGUUUGCAGUGUUCAAGGCACAUUUUCAUUCACUUUUCCAUUAAGCAGCAGUUCAUAGUCACAUUGACUGUAAGCCAAGCUCCAAAUAGGAUGGGAAAAAAAAAUAUGAAUUAAAAAGGAAUGAAAUAAAUUCACAAGUAAUAUAUUUGUAAAUGUCCAAUUUGUUUAUUUGUGAAUUAUUUUUAUUUUUAUUUUUUGAGACUCCUAACAUAUACAUUGGUUUAUUUUUUUGUGAAACUUUUUAUAUUUAUUUGUGAAUUAAAAAACAUUUAUCUGGAAAUGCAAAACAAUUCUGACCCCAUUAAAACAUCAUAAAAGGACCAUAGAAAGUUAUGCCUUCAUAAAACUUGAAAUAUAACUAUACCAACUAUUGUAAAAUUUCAUUAAUGCACGCUUAGUCUUAAAGGGGUAGUUCACCCAAAUUUCAACUGACUGACUUUUGUGAAGCACAAAAGAAGAUAUUUUGAAGAAUGUUGGUUACAACAGUUUUGGUCACCUUGACUUCCAUUGUGUGGAUGAAAAAUGUAAAGUCAUACAGGUCCGGUGAACUAUUCUUUGAUAUCGUUUAACUCUGCCUUUAACAGUUCAAGUAAAUUUACUGAGUGCACUUUUAAAGUUAGCUUUAUUUAUCCUUUAUUUGUCAUGCUAGUGAUGCAUUACUCUCUUUCAGGCAUGAAAUGGUUAUCAAACUAUUGUUUGGUAUAACAUUGUCAAACCGAAUAUCAGUGGUUUUCUACACUGACUCUAUGGGCACCUUAAAUAUGCUUGAUAUCUGUGUUUCCUUUGAUUUAGUCUGAUUAAAUUGUGUAAGUUGCCUUUUUUUCUUGUCAAAAUGCUUGCUGGAUCAACAAAAGGUUUACCUUUACACAUGACAAAUUAUCCACAACAAAACAAAAUUUAUACAAAGUGAAUUACAACUAAUAAUAAUUUGGUAGUGUUAUAAUGCAAGAAGUUAUUUAGCAACUUUCCCACAUAUGCUUGCAUUUUAAACUACAUUUCUGCUUACUUAAAUUAUGCUUUGUGCAAUAGUUGCAUUGUUUCAAUAUUCUUGGUUGAAAAGGUUAAUUUUUUUCUUGUAGAAGAAAUGUUUGCAUAUUUUAUUGGACUGUUUAAAGCAAUUUUAAAAUCCACCCCAGCUAAAUGCUUAGUUCUUACUAGUUUCCCCUGUAGUUCUGUUAUCUCAGGAAGUGUGAGCGGUGUAAACUCUCCUAGGCUAUUUUCUGAAUAGCACACUACUACGAGUAUGCAUAGUAAGUUUUCUGUUUGCAUAGAGUACCCAAAACACCUGCUACAUUUGUUAAAGAAUACUGCCAGUACACUACAGUGCACACUGUAUCCCACAAUGCAUUGCAUUCUAACUGAAGUCUAAAUUCUAGAAUGAAAUGGAACUUUUUUUUUUUUUUUACGUAAAAUGGAAUUUACCAUUAUUUUGCAAGAUGAGAACUAUAC